AUGAAAUAAGCUAUUAAUGAUGUUACAGCUCUCUAAUUUAUCACAAUUAAGAGUAUAUUAAUAUUUAUGGCUAUUCCAAUUUUAUAAGGAAAAUGGUAUUUAUAAUAGAAACUAUAAUUUUUAGUCCUUUUUCCAUUCAUCAUCUAUAAGAAUUUAUGGAUUUGACAUAUAAAUUAUUUGAAGUUUAAGGAGUUAGCGAAAAAUAGAUUCCUUAGAAUUUUAUUGUAAAAUAUUCAUGAAUGUUCCAAUUUAUACACCUGAGGAAUAUAUGGAAUUAUAUGGAGAAGAAAAUGAAUUAUGUCGAUAUUUAAGCGAUUUUGUAUCAGAAGUAUUCAAUUUAGUUAUUAAAAAUUUUAAUUUGAUUAAGUACAAAGAUGUAGAUUAUGGAUUUGUAUUACCAAAUCUAAUUAACAUCUUUUGGCCAUAUAUAGCAAAUUCAUCAUAAAGAAUGUUAGAUAAUAUAGUUAAUAGAAUUAAAGAACAUUUAGAAAAUUUAGAAAUGUAAGAUUUAAGUGCCAUGGGAGAUUUAAUAGAUUGUAUAUUAUAUAGGGAUCCUUCAUUAUUAGAAUAUAUUAUAGAUAUUUGUAUGGAAAAAUUAUUAAAAUAGAGAUAAUCUCCACUUAAGAAACAUUAUUUAAGUUUUAUUAUUCAAUUAUCAAAAUACUCAAAUUAUAUAUUAGAAUUUGAACCUACUGCAGGUAAUAAAUAAUCUAAAUUAUUAUGGUUGACAUUACUUGAAAAAUCACUUACUUAUGCUGGUAAAGCUACUUAAAAACACGAUAUGAAAAUUAAAGCAAUUGUGAUUAAUUAUUUAAUGGAUGAACAAGAUGAAGUAUUCACUAAAGUUAGCGAUAUAAUACAUUCUGUUAAAAUAACAAAUCAAAUUAUUAAAACUAAUAAUUUAUCAUGGCAAAAUUAAAGUUCUUAAUUUUUUAAAAAAGAUUUUGACAAAAAAACAUUAUACCAACCUUAGGAUUUGAUUGUUGAAUGGUCUUUACCAAUUAGAUAAGAUUGGGAAUAUAUAUUUGAUUGGAAUAAAAUGUUUAUGUUUGGAGUAAUUGAAGAAUUUGAAAAGACUUAUAUGAAAGAAUAUGAAUUUUAUGAAAUGCCAAGAUAUUUCCCUAAACUUAUUGAUUUAAUGAUUUUUAGAAAUCCUCCCAUGGAUCCAAAUCUUAAAUAAAUUUGUUAUCGUGUAUGAUUUCUUGUGUUUGGAUGUUUUACUGGAUCAUCUCUAUUUACUCCUUUUUAACCAUAAGAUCAUAUUGAAGGAAGCAAAGGACAUAUAAAAUUAGAAAAAAUCUAAUAAGAUUAUUUAAAAAGAGUCUGUCCACCUGAAUAUUGGAAUUUAAGAUAAAGAUUAGGUACAUUUGCCAUAAAUUCUAUUUGUUAUGCUAUAAAUACAAACUUUGAAUUAAGAAUUAUAAUUAGGUAGAGAGUUUAUGGAAGGAUGCAGAUAAUUGAUGCAAGCUUCUUAAUGUAAAUUAUAUUUUGAAAGUCGAAUUUAAUGUGUAAUUGAUAUUAACACUUAUCUUUAUUAAAGACAUGUUUUUAUGUUACAUUUAUAAGGUAUUCCAAUAGAAUACAAUUAGAUAUACAAUUAUAUAAUUGUUCUAUAUUUAUUAGGUCAUUCUGAAUUUAGUAGUCCAUAAUAUUUAUUACCAUAUUCGGAAAGAGCUACCUACACUUUAACUACUGGAGUGAGAAAUAACUUUUUUGAAUAUUUAUUAGGAAUAUUGGAUUACAAUGAUAAGGAUAGAAGAUUAAGUAAAAUCAAUUAGUUGAGUGAAAGGAGUAAAGAAUACAAAUAAUUAAUUGAUUUAUUAUAAGGAUUUAAUUCAGCAGUAUAACAUAUAUCUUCAGAUAUAGAGAUGAGUAUAUCUAUUCAAAAAUAAUUGAAUUAAUUUAUUAGUGUAAUGGAAUAUGUUGAUAAUUAAAAAUGUAAAUAUUUGAUUAUGGAAUCAUGUGUUCAUCAUUUAGCUAUUUAAUAUGAUGAAAGUACUGUUGUUUUAUCUAAUGAUUAUAAUGAUAGACUUGAAAUGAUUAAUAAUAGUAUAAGAGCAUUAUAAAGUUAAUAUUUCUGAAAAUGUAAGAUUAUUCAUAGUUUAUCCUUAUUGAAUAAUAUAAAUAUUAUAAGAUAUGUGCCUGAAAAUUGUAUUAAUGCUUAUAGAGAUUUAUGUAUAAAUGAUCAUGUCACUUUAAAUUAAUUAGGAAGAGCAGGGUUAUUCUAUUUCCUAAGAUUAGCAAAAUAAAUGAUUUAUAAAACGUAAUAAGUUAAUAGUUCAUAAUUUGAAUAACAUCUUCCAUUUACUAAAUUUGUUUAAUAUAGAUAUUUAACAUAAGAAUAAUUAUCAAUUAUAGAUUAAUCAUAUUAAUCUAUUUUAGAAUUAGAUGAUAUUCUAAAAGCAUAUUAACCAAUUUAUAGAUCUAAAAUGCAUGAGAAAUAUAUGUUUACCAAAAAUGAUAUCACUAAGGUAACAAUCAUUAAUGAUACUGUCACUCCUUUCAUAAAAGAUUUAAGAUAACUCUUUACUGAUAAAUAAUAUAUGAGAGAAUUUAUGGAAAAAAUAUUAAUCGAUAAAGAUGUUGCUCCAACUUCAGAAUUUGAUAUUACUGAUGCUCCAUCAUAGGAAGUCUAAUUUAUGUCAGCAUAAGGAAUUACGAGAUAUGUUUAGAUCUUUUUCACAUAUAUAUAUGGUAAAAAUAGGAAUAGAUAAUCUCCAUUUUCUGCUACUUAAUCAUUUUUUAUGUCUGAUUUCUAUUUUAGACUAUUUAAGAAAAUGUUUUAAGUUUGUGGUAUUGCUGCAUUUUAUUCGACCAAAGAAAUUAUAGAUGAAUAUAUUGAAUAAUUUGAUUAAAGAGAAAAAUAAAGAUUAGUAAGUUGUUAUUUAACAGCCCUCCAUAGAUCAUUGCUUAAUGUUGGCUCUUAUAUUUAAGAUUCAUUUAUUAGAAUACUUCCUAAUAUUACUUAAGAAAUAUUCUAUGAUUAUCAUUUGGCAUUCUUUUAUAUGUGCAGAGAUUAAGAUUGGUAAUGGAUUUCUCCUGUUUAUUAAUAGAUGUUAUAAUGUAGUAAGAAUCUUAUUCCUUAAGGGGGAUUUAAAGGCUUAAGAUAUAUUUAACUAUUAAAAAUUCUUAUUUAAUCAUAAGGUCCAAGAAUUAUUACUUUAUAAGAUUAAAUUUUAUAAUAAUUUGCUUCAAUAAUUGUGACAUAUCCAUCUAGUGUUUAUGCUGAAGAAUAUACUUGUACGCUUGCAACUGCAUUAUUAUAAACUAUUUUAAUACCAAUACCAAUUGAUGCUCCAUAUGCAGAUGAUCAUUUAAUCGCUACGACUUCAAAUUUUUAAAUUUGGUAUAAUAGUGAUCUUUAAAGUUUUUUUUAAAAUUUUAAUGAAUUUCUCUCCAAUAAUUCAUAGACAGAUAAAAUUAAAUUUUAUUAAGAAUUAUCAGCAAGAAUUUUAGAGUUUAUUGCAAUUAGUAAAUUUGAUAGUUAUUCUUGGAAAUUCAUUGUUGAAGCUAUGAAAAUUAUUUUCUAAAUAAUUAAACCGAUAUUGAUGCUUAAGAGAUUCUAAGAAAAUAUAUUGAAUGUGACUAUGAUGAAAUAACUGAAUUACUGGAUAUUGCAGAAUAAAUGACUAAAAAUGAUACCUGGAAUAUUAGAAAACGUGCUAAUUUCUUUUUGAGAGAUUGGUAUUUCAAAGCAAGAUUAGAAGGAAGUACAUUAGAUCAAAUACCAAAAUAAUUACUCAAUAUGUUUUAAGAUAACAAUCUUUAAUUGCAAUUCCAGGCUGUGUCUUCGCUUGCUGAUUAUUUGAAAUUAUAUACUAAAUAUGAAUUAGAAGAAUUAUUCAAAACUGCAUAGGAUAAUAGAGUAUAUAUAUUAAUGAGUAUGUUACUUUCACGUUAAGAUAGAAAUUUCAAUUAGACAGAUUAAGCAUUAUCUGAAAUAUUUUAAGAAUUGAAAAAUAAAAGGUAUUGAUUUAUUUUAUUAUAGAAUUUUAUAAGAAUUUGUAUCUGAAUAUUGGAAGAGUAGACAAGAUUGGUAGAGAAUAUUUAAAGAUGAAAUAAGUGAAGAAAAUGUGAGAAAAUUAUAAGAAAUUGUAAAUCCACAUCCCUAUUAUGCAUGA